AAUUUUAAAAUUGGUACAAAACAACACACUUUCUAUGAAAUAUUGUAGAUAUCAAUAUUUUCCAUAAUUUCGAUUUGUUUACAAAUUUUUUCGAUAUUGGAGGGUGGUCGGAUAAAGAUAAAAAAUCACUUUCUGCUCUUUUGUUACCGUCGCAAGUUCAUCAACAAUUAGAGCAAUACACAUCGUCGUUUAUUAAGAAAAAUGUCGUUGUUGACCAGAAAUGUUGUAAGAACAUUGGUUCAGGCUUCUUCAAGAAACAUUCACUCAACUGGGGCACUUAAUACAUCAAAGCCUGAAGGUCGGGUGACAUGUACAUUGAUUCCUGGUGAUGGUGUUGGUCCUGAAUUAAUUUACUCAGUGCAGGAAGUCUUUAAAGCUGUCAGUGUUCCCGUCGACUUCGAGCCAUUUUUCCUCUCAGAAGUGAAUCCUGUUUUAAGCUCACCUCUAGAGAAUGUUGUAGCUUCAAUCAAAAAGAAUAGAAUUUGCUUGAAAGGAAUUCUUGCGACUCCUGAUUUCAGUCGAACUGGUGAAUUACAAACUUUAAAUAUGAAGCUUCGUAAUGAACUGGAUCUUUAUGCGAAUGUUGUUCAUGUUGCAAGUUUACCAGGUGUUAAAACUCGCCAUCAAAACAUUGACACUGUUGUGAUUCGAGAGCAAACCGAAGGAGAAUACUCAGCUCUUGAGCACGAGACUAUUCCAGGCGUUGUUGAAUGUCUCAAAGUUAUUACGGAAACAAAAUCUUUAAGAAUUGCCAAAUUCGCUUUUGAUUACGCUGUUAAACAUAAUCGUAAGAAGGUCACAUGUGUUCACAAAGCUAACAUCAUGAAGCUUGGCGAUGGAUUGUUCUUGAAAAGCUGUGAAGCGAUGGCAAAACUUUAUCCAACAAUCGAAUUCGAGAAAAUGAUUGUCGACAAUACAACAAUGCAACUGGUUUCCAAUCCACAACAAUUUGAUGUCAUGGUUGCACCAAAUCUUUAUGGUAACAUCAUCGAUAAUCUCGCAUCAGGUUUGGUUGGUGGUGCUGGAGUUGUAUCUGGUGCAUCAUACUCAGCUGAGCAUGUCGUAUACGAACCAGGUGCGCGUCACACAUUCUCAGAAGCUGUCGGCAAGAAUGUAGCCAAUCCAACUGCAAUGUUGUUAUGUGCAUCGAAGAUGCUCCGUCACAUAAAUUUGCUUCAUUAUAGUCAGCAAAUUUAUGGUGCUAUUCAAAAUGUAUUGAAAGAUGGUAAAGUUCGCACGAAGGAUCUCGGUGGUAAUGCAACAACCGACGAAUUUACAAAGGCAGUCAUUUACAAUUUGAAAUAAGUUUAAUGACGGUGAUAGAUGCGAAGCUUUUUGAGCGAUAAAUUGGUGAAGCUUAGAUAAAAAAUUAUGAAUCUUCUUAUCCUAUGAUUCCCUCCUCUCUUCUUUAAUUACUAUUUAGUUACCAAUUAUGAAUUAAAUUAUCCCUCCAACCCACCCUUCCGACGAUUUAAUAGUUGUAUUUAAAAUUUAUUUAUUAAUUGAUUAGACAUCGAAAUUAAAUUAUUUACUUGAAUGCAAUUAGCCAAAGGUUGUUUUCAUUGAAAAUGUGUUAAUACGCUCAGUUAUGGAAUCAUUUUUUGUUCAUUCACUAUGAGUGUGUGAAGUCAAGUUGUAAGACUAAAAGACGCUAAUAAAAUGGAAAAAAUUCGAAAUUUCUUUGAAAAGACAAUAAUUACAAAUUGUAGAAACCAUUUGGAUUUUUUUUCCCUUCAAAAUUCAUUUUUUAUUGAGUCACUUUACAGAACGACAUUAAAAGAAAUAAAAAUGGUUUUGUGUCAACAAAUGAAAGAAUCUUUUGUUGGUUGCAAGAAAAUUCAACAGAAAUCAACAAAAGAAAAUUGCAAUAAAAAA